UUAUAAACUCUUUUUAAUGAAGUUGCAUCCUGCAAUAUCAGCUUGCCGGACGGCGGUGCCGCUGCCGUCAAAGAUAACAUUUCCGUCGUCUUCUUCGUACUUCAACGGUGUAUUUACCACCGAUCAGGUGAUCAUUUCACACCGUAAUACAUGUUGCUUUGUUGCAAAAAGGUCGUCAAAUUCUAACUCCAUAGCUAGUAAACUAGCAGAGGAAAGAGGAGGAUCUGUUGCUAAUGAAGAACCUACUUUCGACGACAACAAGAUUGUAGAUGAAGAGGUAUCAUACAAAUUAGAUUGGGCCCUUUCAAAAUUAGGGUUUGGGAACUUCCAGUUUAUCAUGCUUGCAUAUGCUGGACUGGGUUGGAUCGCAGAAGCCAUGGAGAUGAUGUUGUUAUCAUUCGUCGGACCGGCUAUUCAACCCGAAUGGGGACUUUCUUCCGGUGAAGAAAGCUUCAUUUCAACCGCCACUUUCGUUGGCAUGCUCGUUGGAGCAUAUGUUUGGGGUGUCGUCUCAGAUAGUUAUGGGCGAAAGAAGGGUUUUCUUGGUGCAUCUAUAAUAACAAGUGUAGCCGGAUUGUUGAGCGCUAUCGCUCCAAACUAUACUUUAUUGUUGAUUCUUCGUUGCUUCAUCGGUGCUGGUUUAGGGUGCGGGCAUGUAUUUUCGUCAUGGUUUCUAGAGUUUGUUCCCACUCCAAAACGAGGAACUUGGAUGGUCGUUUUCGCGACAUUUUGGACUGUUGGAACCAUCAUCGAGGCUUCGCUUGCAUGGUCAAUCAUGCCUAGCUUUGGUUGGAGAUGGCUGCUCGGACUAUCCACGAUUCCAUCGCUACUCAUGCUACUGUUUUAUGAUCAAGUACCAGAGUCUCCACGGUAUCUUUGCACAAAAGGAAAAUUGACCGAGGCACGUUAUAUUUUGGAGAAAGGGGCUACACUUAACCGAAAAGAACUCCCGGUUGGCAGGCUUGUGUCGGACCAUAUAAACCAGGGCGAUAAUGAGUACCGUCGAUCACCUUCCUUACCGAUGCUUUUGUCACCAAAUUUGAUAGGAACAACACUUCCUCUAUGGUGUUUAUACUUCGGUAACACUUUUUCGUAUUAUGGCAUCGUUCUAUUGACUUCACAGUUGAGCAUCUUGCAAUCGGAAAGCAUCCAGAAUUCAAGUCUUUACACAAAUGUGUUUGUCAAUAGCUUGGCAGAACUUCCCGGGCUUGGUUUAGCAGCAAUCAUAUUAGACAAAUUAGGGCGUAAGAUCUCGAUGGAAAUUAUGUUCGUUGCGGGAUUCUUCCUACUUUUACCGCUAGUCAUUCAUCAGAACGAUAUACUGACCACAACGUCUCUAUUUGGAGCUCGAAUGUUCAUCUCCGCAAGCUUCAUUGUCGCUUGUAUCUACGCCCCGGAGGCUUAUCCCACAAACAUAAGGGCGACGGGAGUUGGAAUAGCGACAGCUGUCGGUCGAACAGGUGGCAUAGUGUGUCCUCUUGUAGCGGUUGGUCUAGUUAGCAGUUGCAACCAAACACUUGCAGUUAUGUUGUUUGAGGCUAUGAUACUUGUUUCAGGACUUUGUGUUGUGCUGCUUCCAUUAGAAACCAAAGGGAGAGAACUAACUGAUGAAGUAGAAUGAAAAGUCUUGCAUCAAACCAUAGAAUAAAAUAUACUAGCAAGGGUAGGAUUCGUAUAGGGUUUUUGAUACUUUUUAGGACCGAAGCGACAAUGUAUAUAGCAAUUUUAAAUGUAUUUAAAACCUUUCACAAAAGAUCCAUUUGGAUAGAAUGUAACAAUUUAAAGCAAAAGAAUACGAGAAAAUCAUCAAAAUAGUCAAUGUUGACUAAGACUUUUUCAAAUUA